AUGCCCCGCCUGCUGCCGGCCCUGCUCGCCCUGCUCUGCUUCGGGCCGCCGCCGCCCGCCCCGAGGGCUCCGCUCGCCGAGGCCGCGGCGCAGCCGGAGCCGGACGAGCCGUGGUGCCCCUACAAGGUGCGGCCCGAGGGCUCGGCGAACGGGCGGCUGUGCUUCCGCAGACCGGCCCUCGGCUUCCAGUGCGCGGCGCGCUCCUGCCGCGCCCACCGCUCCCCGGGCGGCGCGCUGGUGGCCAACGUGCUGCGCAACGGCAGCGUGCUGCUGCAGUGGGCGCCGCCGCGUCCCGGCAACGGCCUGCGCGGCUUCGCGCUCAACUGCUCCUGGGACGGCACCUACACGCGCUUCCCCUGCGACAGCGUGGAGCUGGGCGCCGCCUGCCGCGACUACCUGCUGCCCGAGGCGCACGGCAGCGUGCGGUACCGCCUCUGCCUGCAGCCCCGCUACGCGCCGCCGCGCCCCGCGCCGCCCGCCCACUGCGUGGAGUUCCGCGUGGAGCCGGCCGCCAUGCGGGACAUCGUCGUAGCCAUGACGGCCGUGGGGGGCUCCAUCUGCGUCAUGCUCGUCUUCAUCUGCCUGCUGGUGGCCUACAUCACCGAGAACCUGAUGAGCCCCGCCGCGCCGCGCCGCGCCUAGCGCUGCUCCGCUCCGCCGUGCGGCCGCCGCUUCGGGGCUGGGGAGCCGCGCGGGGUCGGGGCGGGUUUGCUCAGGGCGUCGUCGGGAGCUUCGGUUGCUUUGGGUUCGUCUUUUCCAGGCUUCCAGGAGUUGGGUUGUGUGGGUAUUUGUGUGUGUGUGUUUGGAGCUCUUUUCCCAUAGGGCGGCUUUUCAGCUUGAGCCAUACUGAUUUCUGAACUCGUAGGAUCUCAGUGGAUUAAAAAUGAGUCGUGGCAAAAAUCCACAAGUGCCAGGAAAUUUUCCAUUUUAGAAGCAAGCCGGAGAUCUGUCUCCGAGGGGCUGUUCGGGAAGGCACUUAAGAACGUGCUUACUUUAAGCUUGUGCUUAAGUCUCAUUGCUCCGGAUGAGUUGGACUCGAUCCUCGUGGAUCCCAUCCAGCUCGGGAUGUUCGAUGGCUCUGUGCUUCUAGACGCGUGCGUGGUUUUGUUGUUUGUUUUUGUCCCUGAGGGGGGAAAUGCCACUGAAACCUGCGAGGACAAACGCAGAGCAGCCGCCAGCCACACGGCUGUGUGACCCAAAGGCACUGAGAUCUUCCAUGGGUGCUGCCUAGGGUUGUGGCACAGGGUUCCCCAGCAGCAUCGUCCCCUUGCGAGCUGUCCUAAAAAUAAAGAAAACACACAAUUUAUAGGAAAAUUCCACCUCGUUGCAAAGUAUGAACUGAUCUUUUGAGUCGCCGCUGUCUGAAAUCCCCCCCUAAACCUCUGUUUGUUUUAGGAAGGCUGUGUGGAGCUGCACUAAGGGACACAAAACUCACUGAUGUGGUAGCGGAGUGUUUUGAGCGUAGGAACACUCCUUGUGAACUGCUCACUCAAUGCUGUAGUAAAUAAGGUUUUAGCCAUACUCAAGUCUGAAUUCUCUUGUGCCUUAGUGUUGAGAUCCUGUCCCGUUUCUAUCGGUGUGUCUGUUCUGUGGUCCUCACACAGCUCUGCUGCUGGUCUCGUCUCAAACUGCUGUGUUGUUUUGUUUCUGAAAACAAACUUUGCUGGUCAUUACUUGAACUUCGAUAUAUAUACCUAAAGUAGUUCUGUUACCAGCUGUUGUGUUUAGUUUUUAUUUCGUUUGUAUGUGAUAGAAGAUGACUUUAUAGCACUUAAGCAUACCGAAAGCAAAAGUAGAAAAACUCUUCUGUGAUGGGGUGUUGCAAUCCAAACCCUUCGGGUCCAUAUGUGCUCUGUUUGUGUCAAUGUGUAUCACUGGUGAACAACCCAUGAGCUUUUCUUUUGUGGAAUAGUUUGCAAAGUAUAAACUUGCUGUUAGAGAGUAAAUGUAGAAAGCAUAUGCAAUCCCUGAUAAAAUGCAGUAUUGGUACUAAUCAUAAUCCCCUCGAUAACUGGAGAGCGGUCAGGAAGCUGAAGGACCUGUUUGUCAUUCCUGCUUUGUUUGCUUUCUCACACGCAGCUGAGAUUUCACACUGCUCUCUAUUUAUUUGCCUGUGUACUUGAUAGAAGCAGCCUGACCGUAUCCAGAACGGCAGCAAUGGAAGGACAGUAUCUUUCAUUGUCACUGAAGGACGGUGUCAUUUAUUUAUCUUUUUGUCCCUAAGGAAAUUGACUGCUCAAAGACAAGGCAAUCACAUUUUAAGAGCACUAAGACUGAUUGUGUCUAGUGGUUUAGCUCAGUGAAUUUAAACACAGAGUGAAUUUGGCUCCAAGGUCUCAGGUCAGUCUUUUCUGUAGUCAGUUCUGCACAGGGCUGCCAGAGUGGCACUGAUUUUGUACAUCACUGUCAGCCAGCCUGACUGUUUUGGUCUUCAUUUGUUGUGAACUGCCAGAUGUGAAAAUUAACUGUACAACUAAUGGGCUUUGUACCACGUUGGCAUUGACCUUAAUAAAUUAAGAGAAUAAUGAAAUGAAAAAAUUGGCGUUUAAUGAUUCAAGAAUUGUUUUACUCGCAAAGUGAACAAACCUGGAUGUAAUGGCACUGCACUGCCUGCUGGAAAAUGAUAACAUCGGUGGGAAAUUGAAAGUAGUUAUUCUCAUAAUACUUGAUUUCUGUUUAUUAGAGAUUUGGACUGGAGGAUCACGGGAUAAUUCAGGCUAGAAGGGAUCCCUGGAGGCCAUCUAAUUCAACCUCCUGUUCAAAGUCAUGCAUGGAAACUCACCGAGCAAAAACGGCUUUCAUCGUGGCAGCCUCGUGUCUUUGUUUUUUAUGAGUGAUCUCUAUUCGACCUCUGAAUGAGCUGCCCUUAUCUCCCAAAUCCCUCUUGGUUUGCCAAUUCAAGCUAGUUGAUUUUUUUGUGCAGCCAGCACUGUUCAUUGCGGUAAUGCUGAUGUAAGGAAACUGAGGAGCAAAUUUAAUGUAUGGAUUUGUGUGUGUCUCUUUUCCCUAAGACAUCUCCCACUUAGCGAUAGGCUGCAGUUACCUGCUAAAACAGCACCUUUUGUAUCUGCUACAGAGAAGUUAUUUGUAGUCAUCUCACAUCUCGAUGCAUCUGCCUCCGUGGAUUGCAUUGCAGCAGCAUGCUGGGCAGAGGGUAGACAAGCAGGUGCAAAAGAUGUAGAACAAGAAUGCAAAUCCUGCUGGAGGAAAUCCUGUGAGGAUUAUUUUUAUCAGUGUUUUUCUCCCCCACGCAUUACAGAUGAGUUAUGGGAAACAAUAUCUCCUAGCUUCUCUUUCAUUUUCAAUGGAUUAAGGUUUAAUUGGACACGUCUCCGUGUCUGGAACAGAUAAUCAGAGUAUUCCCUAUUUCAUUUUAUGUGGCAUUAAGUAAAAUGUCUGCCAACUCAUUAAUAACUAAUAGGCUUGUUUGUUAUCUUUUGUUUUUUGUUUUUUUUUUACUGAUGAGUGUAGAAAUUCCUUGUUGGCAAUAAUGGCAAAGAUUAGAUGUAUAUAGACUUGAAAUUAAUUUGCCUUCUUCGAUUGCACAGUUAAAGAAAGCUUUAUCCAGUACUUGCAGCAAUUCCCAAAGCAUGCAGAGCAUCACACGGAGCUGUAAUCAAUCCCAGCCUGUCCAGGCAGCAGUAAAGAAGUGGCAGCAUCCUGAUUUAUAGCUGCCAUGGCUCUUGUGUCCCCAAUGCUCCAGGAAAAUGUGGGGAUAACUUCUAAGGCAAACACAGUCUCCCCGUUGUUACCCUAACAGGACUUGGGUAUUAAAAAUACAUACAGUAAUUUCCUAGGUAUCAGGCUGUCUGCAUUUGAGCAGGAUUUAAAAUGGAAGGUUAAUAUGCUUGUUAACAAGGUGUUUUGUUUUUGUUUUUUUUUUCUCCCUUCUCGUCCUGUGCUAAAUGUGAGGAAAACAGCUGCUUAAAUUUAAGCUGCUCAAGCUCAGCCUGACUCCAGCUUUGAAUCUUUUGGAGGAAGCAGUCUGAGCCUCGGGCAAAGAAUCUCUCUUUAAUUGCAUUAGGAUACUUUUUGUGGUACAUAAAAGGGGAGGGCUGCUUGGUUUUGUUUGGAGGUGCAAGUGAAAGCUGGUGUUUUGCUUCCAUGGAGACUCGGAGUCGAAGACUUAUCAGACUGCUGCUCUGUUACCAGACUGCUGCUCUGUUUCGCUGGUAGAAAGCUGCAACGAGGGAGCUGAAAAAACCACAGGUAACUGUGUCACGUUCCUGCUGAAGGCUCAGUACUGUAGCAAUAGCGCUUGGGUGCGUUUUCUUGGAGUCAGCCUGAGCAAACAGAGCCUGGCAGGCAUUGCUUUCAGCACUCCCCGUUUGAGGGCCAUCCAGCGCUCUGAGCGUAGAAGGAAAGGUGUAAAAAAACACAGGCUUAGCUUCCUUCAACGAAAGGGUUUUUUUUUUUUUUUUUCUGGAGAAGCUGCGAGGAGAGAGAGAGGAAAAAGGUUUUGGCGGGAAGCGGCGUGUGGAGAAGGGCGGGAAGGGAAAAGGGCGGGAAAGGACUGAGGGGGGACAGAGGGGGCGGUUCAGUCGGGAAAUGCGGGGGGAGGAGCGGGAACUGCGAGGAGGGGGGGAGGCUUCGGCUGAGUGGGCAGCGGCCCGUUGUGUGCGGAUCUGUGUCCCACGGCCCAGCUCCUCACAUCCACCACAACAUCGGGCUGCCAUCUAGUGCUGGGAAAGAAGCGAGCCCGAAGCCUCCGCUUUUCAGGGGAAAAAAAAAAAAAGAAAGUGAUUGCUUGGAUCACUUGAAUCACCCUGUGAAUAAUAGAGUAUACAAUGCAGAAUCAGCAUAGGAGCAGCUUUGUUUAUUUUCUUAAAAAAAAAAAAAAAAACAACAAAAACGAGAGACUUGAAAUUAAUUACAAAUUAAACCUGUUGACGUUAUGAAACCUCAACAUCCUACACGCAUUUCUCCAUCCCAAUCGGAAAAUCUCUCGUUUUCAAGGCCGCAAAGCCUCACGCUUGGAAACAGUGGAAAUCGAGGUGCCACAGCUGCCACUCACGAGCCCCCACGUUCCUGCGAAGCUGCAGUCAGACAGAAAGAAAAGAGAGACACGUUACACAGAGGAACUCAAUGCUGAGAAUUACGUUGCUGACUCACAGCCAGUCUUUCCUCAUUCCAGGUUUACCAGUCCUGUACGCAGCCGGACGUCGGCCCCAAUCCCAGCUCCGUCCCUGGAGGCGCUCUAGCACCGCACCUCCAGCCCCUCUCUAUGGUAUUGGCGGCGCUCUAGCACUGCACCCUCAGCCCCUCUCUAUGGUACUGGCGGCGCUCUAGCACCGCACCCCGGCCCCUCUCUAUGGUACUGGCGGCGCUCUGGCACAGCACUCCGCCCCUCUCUAUGGUACGGGCGGUGCCGCCCGCUGCGCGGUUGGCCGCGGCGGGGCGGCGCUGCCCUGCUGACACGUCCCGGCCCCGCCCGCCGCCGCCCCGCGGCCGCCAUUUUGUACGAGCCGCCGGCGGGGCAGCGCAGGCUUGGGAGCCGCGGGGAACGAGCUGGGCUCUUCCCUGCGCCGCCAUGCCUUCUUCGCCGCUCCGUGUGGCCGUGGUGUGCUCGAGCAACCAGAACCGCAGCAUGGAGGCACACAAUAUCCUCAGCAAACGAGGAUUCAGCGUCCGAUCCUUUGGAACAGGAACUCACGUGAAACUGCCAGGACCAGCACCAGACAAACCAAAUGUUUAUGAUUUCAAAACAACAUAUGAUCAGAUGUACAAUGAUCUGCUUAGGAAAGACAAAGAACUGUAUCCCUAUGGCAUGGCCUUAAAAAAAAAAAAAGAAAAGAAAAAGAAAAAGAAAAAAUCCAAUAUGGUUCUCCUCAAAAGGUGUAAUUCGUUAUUUGGCAUUAUGCAUUAGGAAUAUAUAGUUACUUAACUGACAAGCUUAAAA